AAGCAACGCGUAAGCCUGCGAGAGGCUCCCGGGCGCAUGGCAUGGCAUGCCACAGUCCCCCCCUUCCCUGGGAUCGCGCACUGCCUGGCUCGAAUUCCACAUCGUCGAUGGCCCCAUGCACGCACCGCCGCCAAACAAAACCUUGUCCGAGACUUUUGAAUUCGCGAAUCCAACUGCCACCGCCGCAGAGCAUAGCCCCCCUGGCGGUGGACGGGGUGCGAUAGCGUCGGCCCCAGAGUCAAUCUCACCCCCGCUUUCCAGUGUCUUUUUGACGUUUGGCACCAACUUCUCCACAAGUCUCUCCACUCCACUCCCCCCGACUUACACGGCGGGCAAGGAAAGGAAGGCAAGGAAGGGGAUGUGAGGGGUGUUGGUUUGAAUGGCAUUGGUGUGUGUGCGUGUGUUUGCGCGCGUGCGUGUUGCAUGCAUAGACAGAUGCAAAUGCAGGCAGGCUGCCCGUCGUUGAGUUGUUCCUGGGGGUGCGCCGCCGC